CUCUCUCUCUCUCUCUCUCUCUCGAAGUUUUUGCUAUCUUUUUGCUUAAUAACUACAGUAAUGGAGUCUUCCCAACUCUUUGGAGGACCAGAAGAGCGUAACAGCAGUGAAUCUGGGUGGACUAUGUAUCUUGGCUCCCCCAUAAAUGGUGAUGAUGAUGAUGAUCAGCAUGGCAACAAGGAUGAUGAUGAUGAUGAUGAUGGUGAUGGAGGUAAUGGUAAAAAUUACCUUCACGAAGAUCACAGUGAUGACUCUAUGGCGUCUGAUGCUUCUUCUGGUCCAAGUCAUCAAGGAAAAGCUCAUCACAAGCAUCUCCAGGAGGGCUUCACCUUUUGAUUUGUCAAUUAUCGCUGCAAAUGCAUACUUAUUGGUUAA